AUGUACUUUCAAACACUCAAAGAUAAAUUUCAGAAGAGACCUACACUGGACAGAAUGUUCGCUUCGACGUCACAAAGAAAUGAUGAUGGUUUGCGGGCGUCUUACAAUAUCUCGUUACUUAUAGCAAAAUCCGGAAAAGCGCAUACUAUCGAAGAGAAGUUAAUUUUGCCAGCCGUUGAAGAGGUUUUAAGAACUGUUUUACACAAACCUGCAUCUGAUAUCAUUAAAAGAAUUCCCUUAAGCAACAAUACUGUUGAAAGACGUAUUGAUGAAAUGAGUUCUGAUAUUGAAAGCUUCUUAUGUAACUAUUUGCAAACGACCCAUUUCUCUAUACAACUGGACGAGUCAACUUUGCCUGAUAAUGCAGCAUUAUUAUUGGCAUAUAAAUCUACGAAGAAUAUCUUCGCAAGAACUUUGAUAACCCACACAAAAGGUGAAUCAAUAUUUCAUGUUUUGAAGGAUUACUUCAUUGAAAAAGCAAUUCCUUUAUCAAAUAUAAUAUCAGUAGUUACAGAUGGAGCACCUGCCAUGGUUGGACGUUAUCGUGGAUUUAUAAGCUAUUUCAAACAAAAUGUGUCAUUGAUGUUAGCAAUACAUUGCGUCAUCCAUCGACAACAUUUAGUUGCUAAAAAUUUGAGUGUUAGAUUGCACGAAUCACUUCAUUUAGUCAUUGAUGCAGUAAACCGAAUCCGAAGCAACGCGUUGAAUACGCGGUUAUUUGCGCAGUUGUGUGAAGAAAAUGACGAACACUUUCAUCACUUACUCCUUCACACUGAAGUAGGCUGGCUGUCGCAAGGCUUAUGUUUGACAAGAUUUUUUGCACUUUUUGAGACUAUUUUAGAAUUUCUGGAUACUAAAGAUAAAAUUUUAAAAGAAAAUUUAAUGAAGAGGAAAACAGACAUCGCCUAUUUAACAGAUUUGUUUACAAAAUUUAAUAUGGUUAAUUUGCAAUUACAAGGCGACAGUUUAAAUUUGAUUAAAACAAAGUCCAUCUUAUCAGCGUUUCUUGCCAGAGUUAAACUAAUGAAGCAAAAUAUUGGACGGGGCGAAUUUUCUCAGUUCCCCAAUUUAUCACAGACAAGCUGCCAGGAAGACGACGUUUCAACUUACGUUCAACAUUUAAAUGCCCUCUAUUCAGAUUUUGAAUCUAGGUUUGAGGAUAUUUUGACUAUGUUUAAAAACGGAUAUCAGCAAUUCUGGCUGCAAAACAACAUACCCGAUACUUAUCCCGUAUUAUGGAAUAUAUCGAGGAAAUUUUUUAUUUCCUUUCCAUCGUCAUACCUAGUGGAAAGGGGGUUCAGCGCUGUUACCAAUCUACUAACGAAAAAAAGAAACAUACUGGACAUCAUUAGCCGAGGAGAUUUAAGAUUAACCCUUACAAAAUUGACGCCAAAUGUUGAUAAUUUAUUAUUAAGGCAUCAGGUUCAUCCUUCUCACUAA